GAUGUAGCUAUUUACUCUGCUGGAGGAGUAGACUGGGUCGCCACGUCUCCGCCUGCACGAACAUGGUCUGGACCGGACUUUUCACGGACCGAACUUAACUUCUAAAGGCGCAGCGUUUGUUUGCAGGACGCGGGCGGAACAGACCCGAGCGUCGCGACCGUGUCCGACAGUUUCCAGGUCAGACAGAAACGAUGAGUGAAGUAGAGGAAGGCCAACCCGAUGUGCCUGCGUACUUAAAGGACGAGCCCCCGACAGAUGUGAACAAGGACCACCCCCAGCCGCAGGCAGGCAUGUUUUCAAGAGUGACUGGGGGGCUGUUCAGUGUCACCAAAGGAGCUGUUGGGGCCACUGUUGGUGGAGUGGCCUGGAUUGGGGGGAAGAGUUUGGAUCUCACUAAAACGGCUGUCUGCACGGUUGCAUCUGUUCCUGCCGUGGGGGUGGGGUUAGUAAAAGGGGGCGUGUGUGCUGUGGCUGGAGGAGUGACUGCAGUUGGUUCAGCAGUCGUUAGUAAAGUUCCAAUUGGAGGAGCCAAAAAAAAAGACAAGUCUGACUGAAGUUGUUGGUGAUUUUCACUGGUGACUUGGUUUAAUAUUCCUCAGAAUAAGUGUUGGGGCCUGGGCCAGGCGUGAGAGCCGACCUAUGAGAUGGUGACCCUGAUAUGCUGGAGCUUGCGUCUGCUUCUUAGAAGAGCACCUCUGUUUAGUUCCUCACCAGGAGUGAGUUCCAUCCAAUGCCAGAAAUGUUUUGAUAUGUAGCCUGUAAAUUCAGACAGUGUGAAAGGUUGUGUUUUUUUUUUUUGUUUUUUUUUUUUUUUUCCCCUUCUUGAGUGAGAGACCACAGUAACAGUGAUGUUCUACUACAGUGUGCCACAUGUUGUGUUUUGAGACUAGAAUCACACGCAUUUGAGCCAGUGUCUUAUUGCCACGUUACUGCAGGCCAAGUUCUGGAUUAACAUGGACAUCACUUGGGUGCUGCAGAAGAAAAUAUCCCUCGAGUCUUGAUGGCAGUGGACCUUGUUUAGUUUAAUUCUGUUUGUGAGAUUAUUGCCUCUGGGGGUCCAAGAUGAGCCGUACUGUGUUCUCAUAUCUUUGCUCCCUUCUCUGUCUGUCUACUGCUCUCUCCCUUUCUCUCAUACACUCCCCUUCGCUCACACACACACACACACACACACACACACACACACACACACACACACACACACACACACACACACACACACUCUCAUUCUGCCGCCUGCAGUACAGGGAGAACUUGAGACUAUACAGGCAUGAGCUAAUGUAGUGAAUACAACAAAACAGCAGCUCAAAGUUCUGUUGUCCCUGAAUGUUUGGUAGCAGUCUCUACAAAAGCAAUAGGUGUGUUUGCAUUGCUGUUUAUAGAAAUAAAUGUAUGUUUUUACUUCUAGUGGAUAAUGUCAGAAAAACACAAACUGUGGGUCAUUGGUGGACCGUAGCCAUGGAUUGAAGGCUGUGUAAGGGUUGGGGUUGGUUAUAGCAGUAUUUCUUUUUCUUGUGGAAAGGUUCCUAGUGGUUGUCCACUUUUCGUCUUGUUCAUUUCGCAGUUUGAUGGCUUACAUGGGCCAAUGUUGAAUGAUUGUUGGGUUUUUGUUUUUGUUUUUUUAAUUUGAUUGAUAAAGUUGGGGCGACCAGAGUUUAGAUCACAAUUCUAUGGUAAAUCUCCAUUUUGCUACAACCAAAGAAUGCAAAUAGUCUGCUUCUCUCAUCUGCAUUAAUGCAGGUUAUUUGUAUAAUAAAAAAUAUAUAUAUUCUCUUUAGUUUUUUUAGAUUUUAUCAAUGUGUGUAUUCAUCUUAUGAAUAUAGAAGUCUUGAAGUAUUGUGAUUUGAAUAAAGAAAUGAAGUAUA